GUGUGUGUGUGAGUGUGUGUGUGAGUGUGUGUAUUUAUUUAUCCUUUUUUUUGUUGAAAUCUUAUUAAUUGGUUUAUUAUUUAAUCAAAUCUGAAUUGUCCUAAUUCUUUUGGAUUGAUCUCGUCUGAUUUUUCUGUUCCUGCGUUUAUGUAGUUGAUUUUAAUUUCUUUCCCAAUCUCUGUAACGCUGUAAAUGCUGUUCUGCAGUGUGAGCGGGGGUCACCCUCAGUGUGUUUCCCAGUGAAAAUAAAGGUUGAUUGAUUGAAUUAAGCAGCCCGAGUGGAGCUUCUAUACUGCCCCCUCGCAUCCAUCAGCACUCAGAUCUGGGAAAGGGGGGCAUGCUGGGCCCAGCGUCUCUCCUCCACUGUGGGCUAUUUAUGUCCUCUGUCUAUUAUUUAUAUCUCGACCUCUUUUCUUGUUCCUGCCUACAGGACCUUCACGUCCUCCUGGAAAGCUGGCAUUUUUGAGGAACUGCAGUCUUUAUUCCAACACACAGAACUGAACGAUCUGACAGCGCUGAUGUGGUUAUUAACUAAUAACGGUCUAUUUUGAGAGCUGUAAGGACUAAAGGGCUCCGAAUCAGGGCGAAUGUGUUAUUAUGGGAUGUGUGUGGACCCAGCGGGCCGCCGUAGCUGCCUGCCCGUCACUCCCUCCCUCAGUGACUCAGAGCUGGAACAUGGCGGCCGCGCUGCCUCGGCCGAGCCCGCUCUGCGCGGACUGAGAGCGAAAGAGUCCCCGGGAGGAGAGCGCUGGGCUGCGGCUGCAGAGAGUGAGCCCGGGGCGGGUUAGUCUGUUCUCCGGGACAUGCCCGAGCCCGUGCGGGGGUAGAGAAGCGCCUGUUCUCGGUAUGGAGCCUCCGGGACGGAGCAGGCCAACGGUCCCACCGAAAGAUGUGUCCCAGCAGAACUCUGAGUUGGACGAGUUGUGGGACGAGCUCAGCCAGGACGAGGGGUCUUUCUACGGCGCCUCCCCUCCCCGCACCCCCCGCCAGAUGAAACGCAUGUCUGGCAAACACCAGAGAGGCACCCAGAGCAGAGCUGCAGGGCGCUCGCCCAUCAAAGAGAAGAGUCCCUCCGGCGCCUCGUCCCAGAGAGAGCGCGAGGGAGCCAAACCGUCUGAGUCCGCCGAGGAGGUCAGUUACAGGCAAGGCAAGAAGCAGCGGUCCAACCUGCGUUCUACCGAACGGGACAAAAAGAAGACUUUUGAGGGCUCCUUUAUGUUGGACCCCCUCUCCAAGUCUGGUCCCUUCAGCACAGUCAGCAUGGACCCCAGGAAGCCCUACCUGAGCUUGGGAUGCAGCUCCAGCAAGCUCCCCGUCAACAUGCCCCACCCUCUGCCCCGCACCCACCGCCAGACCUCGCGGACCGACUGUCCGGCCGACCGCCUGAAAUUCUUCGAGACGCUGCGUCUGCUGCUGAAGCUGACGUCCAUGUCGUCCAAGAAGAAGGAGAAGGAGCAGCGGGGCCUGGAGAACACGGCCUUCAUGGGCCAGAACAACGAGGUGAUCUGGCUGGAGCUGCAAGCCUGGCACGCGCGGCGCAGCAUCAACGACCAGGACCUGUUCCUCUACACGGCCCGCCAGGCUAUUCCGGACAUCAUCAACAAGGUGUUGCACUUCAAAGUGGACUACAGCUGCCUAGCCCCACCUGAGGCUCCGCUCGAGUCAGUCCAAAGAGACUCCUGCCCGGGAGCGUCUAACUGUGGGACCUGCCCCGGCUCCUGGGCCGAGGUAGACACCGUGGCCCUGCCGGGCUCGGGUUCGGCGUGCAGGGAGCACUUGCAGAGACAGCGACUGGCCUUUGAGCAGGUGAAGGGCGUGAUGGGCCUGCUGGAGUCUGUAGAAGCCCUCUACCCGUCGCUGCAGACUCUGCAGAAGGACUACGAGAAGUACGCGGCGCGGGACUUCCAGGGCAGGGUGCAGGCGCUCUGCGUGUGGCUCAAUAUCACUCAGGACCUGAACCAGAAGCUGCGUGUGAUGGGCACCGUGCUGGGCCUCCGAGACCUCUCCCGUAUCGGUUGGCCCAUCUUUGAAAUACCUUCGCCCCGCUGCUCUCGCGGCGGCGACGAACAGGACGAGGAGGACGAGAACAACUCCACGGCGACCUUCACGGCGGACAGCGACGUGGAGGAGGUCGAGAUGGGCGAGGCUGAAGCCAAAAGGGACGCAGUGACUUGCCUCACGCCCAAGUUUGCUCGUCUGUUGUCCGAGGAGUUGAUCCCGGCGUUCAGCGGCGAAAGCCAGUACUGCCCAACAGCCAUAUACAGGCCCUUUGUGGACAAGGCACUGAAGCAGAUGGGUCUGCGCAAACUCAUCCUGCGACUGCACAAGCUGAUGGACCGCUCACUGCAGAGGUCCAGGACUGCACUGCUGAGCCACGCGCCCACUCAAGAGCUGUCCGAGGUUCCGGACUGUUCCUCGCUGUACAGCGACUACCUGCCUGAGCUCUCUCGUCACCUGGCCGGACAGGUGGAGGAGGAGGCGGGCUCGGGACGGGUGUCGUGGGCGGAGCUUCAGGACAUGGACCUGCCCUCGUUUCAGCCUGCUUUCCUGGUGCUGUGCCGCGUGCUGCUAAACGUCAUUCACGAGUGCCUCAAACUGCGCCUGGAGCAGAGACCUGCAGGGAAGCCCUCGCUGCUCAGCAUCAAGCAGUUGGUGCGCGAGUGUAAGGAGGUGCUGAAAGGUGGGCUCCUCAUGAAGCAGUACUACCAGUUCAUGCUGCACGGCAUCAUUUCUGACCCCCAAGGCCUGCAGACCAACGCCAACAUUGACGAGUUUGAGGAAGACCUUCACAAGAUGCUCGAGGUGUACUUUGGCUACAUGCGCAGCUGGAUCGAGAUGUUGCAGCAGCUGCCGCAGGCUUCCCACAGCCUGAAGAACCUGCUGGAGGAGGAGUGGAACUUCACCAAGGUCAUCACUCCGUACAUCCGUGGAGGAGAAGCCCAGUCUGGAAAGCUUUUUUGCGACAUCGCUGGCAUGCUGCUGAGGUCCACGGGACACUUCCUGGACGUGGGCCUUCAGAAGAGCCGUGAUGAGUUCUGGGCGAGUACGGACGGUAGCACUGCCUCGGAUGAGAUCAGGCGGUCGGUGAUCGAGACGAGUCGAUCCCUUAAAGAACUUUUCCAUGAAGCCAGGGAGCGGGCGUCUAAAGCGCUGGGCUUUGCUAAGAUGCUGCGCAAGGAUCUCGAGAUCGCUGCUGACUUCAGCCUGGCCGGUGGAGUGCCUUGCAUCCUCCAAGCCCUGAAAGAAAGGAGCUAUGUUAAGGUCCAGAUCCCAGGCCUCGAGGAGCUCCAGGUGUUCGUCCCUUGCGGUCUGAUGGAGCAGCGCUCCACCAUCCUGCAGCUCCUGAAUGCAGCGGCGGGGAAGGAGUGCUCCAAAGAGCCGGAUGAGAUGCCUGAGGACGAGGCCUAUCUUCUCAUGAGCAAGCACGGAGCCGGGGACGCGCCCACAGAGGCCGGCUGGGCCCAGUGGGACGGAACCGUGCUCAAACUGGUGCCGCAGAUGGAGACGGUGGACACCUUACGGGCGAUGAAGGUAGAGAACCUGCUGUUGAUUGUGAUGCAGUCGGCUCACCUGGUGGCCCAGCGGAAAGCCUUCCAGCAGUCCAUGGAGGACCUGCUGACCCUGCGGCGUGAACAGACCUCCAGCCAGCCCCUCAUUGCCCGGGCCCUCGAGCAGCUAAAGAACGAGGCUCUGGAGCUGUGCAACAAGAUCAACAGUGCCAUCAAUCAGGUGGAGUACAUGUUCACGUCCGAGUUCGAGGCGGAGGUGGAGGAGUCGGAGUCGGCCACCCUGCAGCAGUACUACAGAGAGGCCAUGGUCCAGGGCUACAACUUCGCCUUUGAGUACCAUAAAGAGGUGGUGAGGCUGAUGUCAGGUGAGUUCAGACAGCGGAUCGGCGAGCGCUACAUCGCCUUCGCCCGCAAGUGGAUGAACUACGUGCUCACGAAGUGUGAGAGUGGAAGAGGAACCCGACCCAGGUGGGCGACACAAGGCUUUGACUUCCUCCAGGCCAUCGAACCCGUGUUCAUCUCUGCUCUGCCUGAAGACGAUUUCCUGAGUCUUCAGGCCCUGAUGAAUGAAUGUAUUGGUCAUGUGAUUGGGAAGCCACACAGUCCUGUGAGUGGUCUGUAUCUCGCUCCUCGAAACAGCCCUCGACCUGUUAAAGUGCCUCGCUGCCACAGCGACCCUCCGAACCCGUCCCUCUUCAUCCCCAACACAGAGGGCACCAGCGUCCAUGAGAACGACCGCCUGUCGUCAGUGGCAGCCGAGCUUCAGUUUAGAUCCCUCAGCCGCCACUCCAGCCCCACGGAGGACAGAGAAGAGCCGUCGUAUCCUAAGUCCGACCAUGCCGCUGCAGUCCGCCGAAGCUGGGAGCUUCGUAACUUCAUUAGCCAGUCCAAAGACACAGCGGCGCGUCAGAGUCCAAUGGAGGCGGUGCAGCGGGCCAUCCGCUCCUUUGAGGAGAAGCGAUAUGCUGCGCUGAGGCAGCGCAACGUGAUUGGCCAAGUGUGCAACACACCCAAGUCCUAUGACAACGUCAUGCAUGUCGGCCUCCGCAAAGUCACCUUUAAAUGGCAGAGAGGCAACAAGAUAGGUGAAGGGCAGUAUGGGAAGGUCUAUACCUGUAUUAAUGUGGACACAGGUGAACUGAUGGCUAUGAAGGAGAUUCGCUUCCAGCCCAACGACCACAAAACGAUAAAGGAGACGGCAGACGAGCUGAAGAUCUUCGAAGGAAUUAAACAUCCGAACCUGGUCCGCUACUUCGGUGUGGAGCUCCAUCGGGAGGAGAUGUACAUCUUUAUGGAAUACUGUGAUGAAGGCACGCUGGAGGAGGUCUCCAGACUGGGGCUGCAGGAACACGUGAUCCGACUGUACUGCAAGCAGAUCACCACCGCCAUCAACGUGCUGCACGAACACGGCAUCGUGCAUCGAGAUAUCAAAGGUGCCAAUAUUUUCCUCACGUCGUCUGGCCUGAUAAAGCUGGGGGACUUCGGCUGCUCGGUCAAGCUGAAGAACAACGCUCACACCAUGCCGGGCGAGGUGAACAGCACCCUGGGUACUGCAGCGUACAUGGCUCCUGAGGUCAUCACAAGGGCGAAGGGUGAAGGUCACGGGCGCGCGGCUGACAUCUGGAGUCUCGGCUGUGUUCUCAUCGAGAUGGUCACUGGAAAAAGACCGUGGCACGAGUAUGAGCACAACUUCCAGAUCAUGUAUAAGGUGGGCAUGGGCCACAAGCCCCCCAUCCCAGAGAAGCUGAGCACAGAGGGGAAAGAUUUCCUGACCCACUGUCUGGAGAGCGAGCCCAAACGCCGCUGGACUGCCAGCGCACUGCUGGACCAUCCCUUCGUCAAGGUGUGCACGGACGAGGAAUGACGCGGGAGGCGGCUCUGCGUUCUCUUUACGUUUACAAAAUGCUAGCACUACUGUGUACGGUAUUCUCAAGGAACUGUGGUCUCGUUAAUGAGUGACGACGAAGGACUGUAAACCUCUCCGGCGAUGGGACCGUUUGGGAGGCGUGAGAGAGAGAAAGUCUUACGUGUACAGGUAGUAGAUUAAAGGGCGGGUGUGUGGAAGGAGGGCGGCGGUAGCAGGCGGGAGGAGGCGUGAUGUACAUACUGUAAGAAUAUGUUUAGGGUUUAUCUUUUGUAUAAAGCUUAUUGUAAAGCCACUUCUGUCUCAGUGGAGGCAAAGAAUUCAGAUUAACAAGCAACAAGGAAGACAUUUUACACGAAGGAAACGAGAAAGAACAAAGGGCACUUUUCCGGAAAGCUGUUGCCUCAAAGCACAAAGGGCGCGUGCUGUAGUCUCAGAGCUGGAGAAGCAGAACGAGGAGCUCGAAGGGCAAGUCCACCUGUCUGCAAAAUUCAGCGUUUGAGACGUAAACAGAGUGGUUUGGUGUGAAACGGUUCAGAUGUCUUUACAGUGGUGGUGAUAGGAACCAGGGGUCGCCAUGACUACAACACAGAUAUAGACAUUUUAUUUACUAUCC